AUGGCGGCCAUCGGAAUACCUCUGUUCAUACUCUCCAAUGCUCUUUCAUCGUCGACUUACGAUCUUCGGGCAUUGGAUUACAGUCUAAACGCCAUCGAGUUCCAGGCUAGCAUCAAACCAGGAGUGUUUAGCUGUAUUUUUUACGACGUUGCUCCUCAGAAGUCCACCAACAACAUCUUUGACGCCAUCUUGAAAUCUCCCCGAUUGGACCACGUGGCCAAAUAUGUGGUCAACGGAACCUACCACGAUGGGUUGCAAAAUCUUCCCUGGAAUCCGUCACUGCUGGUCAUUCACUCGGGGAAUGAUGUUGAGCAUUUGAAACGGGCGGACACUGUUUGGAAUGUGAACAAGGUGCUGGAGUUGUUCAACCCAACAACCAAAGUGCUCACUUUUGUGAAUCUUUCCAAUUGGUUGCUGAAGGAGGAAAUGAAACAACGCAUGAUUAUUUUUGGUUAUACUAGCACAGUAUUUUUCGACAGCCAAACGCUGCAUUCUGUUCAUUGCAAUGCAGGGAUGUAUUGCUUGGAGUGGUCAGUUGCCAAGCAUCUCUUCUCAACGCUGUUCACGAAUGAUCCAAUCCUUCUCGUAGUAUGUGGGUUUGAACGGAACGAUCUUCACCGAGCUGGUCGCUCGGAGAAACUCGUGUUCAUCUCGUUGAUCGUACUGAUGUUUUUCGUCACAAACGCCUUCGAAUCCAAGAUCGUGUCACUAAUGAUAAGCAAACCGUCCAUCCAACGCAUCAAAACUCUAGAUGACCUCGUCCAGUCCGAUCUCAAGCUGUACGAAGAUCUGGAAAGCAAGACUUACUUGAUCAACGACUCAAUCAUCGGUGGUUUAGUAGUACAGGGAAGCAUGCCAGAGUUGUCGGACACCAUUCCUGGCAUUUGCAUGCUGUGGCAUCGGGAAUUCAUCGGGUUGCGCGAGGAAACAGCGUUCGACUUUGACCGGAUGCAACCGUUCUACGUGGUGCUGGAUUACGACCUCUACAACGGUCCCGAAGCAUACGUCACCUUUUGGCGCAGUUCGUUCCUGGAAGUAUUUCGCUACAUUCACAUAACUCUGGUGGAGGCUGGAUUGAUGGACUUGUGGAAGCAGCAGUGGCAGGAUGAUAUGCGGUACGUUUUGGCUGGUCACCGGCCGAGGGAGGUCAUCGGAGCCAAAGUGGAUCUCAACUUUGACGACAUACAACCAGCAUGGAUGAUUCUGGCGGUUGGGUUGGCCAUCGGCGUUGCUGCAUUCGUUGGAGAGCAUCUUAGGAAGUGGUGCGAGUUCCGAUGGUCGAAGGUGUAUUGUUUAUGUGUGCGUUGUCAUCUUUUGCUCUCUCAAACGUACAUUCGAUGCAAAAGAAAGACGGACAAAAGAGGGAAUACAAAUCUCAAAAUAACAAAAUAAUAAGGAAUAUAGCUUAGAGCUACCGUCAUCUGGGGCGAAUCGGGAUUCACGGGGUAAAUUAGGACAG